AUGCCAGCUGAACCUACCAAACUCGAUAUUAUCGACUCGAAAAUAUCACCUGAAGUGAGGGCCGCUUAUAACGCAAAGCUUGCCCAAUAUGAAAGUAACGCUUAUUCAUAUUGGCAGUUUUCUAUCGUAUCUAACAAGUUUGUCCAGUCACUAGAUGAAACCGAUGACACAACGUUCAACUACCUUGAUCAACACUUUGGUAAAAUUGGUGAAUGGGAUGACUUGAUUGAAGAGCUUCACUUGUUGAACAAACAAGCUGAUAAAGAUACUCAGUACAAGAUUUUAUUCCUAGCUCGUCACUAUACCGGGUACCACAAUAUUGCCCAUGCUAAAUACGGUGAUGAUGCAUGGAACAACCACUGGUCAAAAUUGAAUGGUGAUGAUGAAUAUAUUUGGGGUCCGGAUGCUGAAUUAACCCCUGAGCUGAUUGAAUUAGCCAAAAGAAAUAGUGGAUUGAUAGCUAAAGAGUUGGAAAACAACCGUCAGCAUAACAAAUCAUUAAUAACUCCCAAAAAGAUGUACGUGUCACCAUUGAGAAGAUCCAUUGAUACUUUAUAUUACACUUGGAACCCAAUCAUCAAUAUACAGCAGAUACAACCCUACAUUCAAGAAAACUGGCGUGAAACUACUGGGGUACACACUUGUGACAAGCGAUCAACAAGAUCAAUAAUUGCUGACAAAUAUGAACCAUUAGGAUUUGUGAUUGAGCCUGGAUUCACUGAGAAAGAUGAAUUGUAUCAAGAUGAUUAUCGAGAACUGUUUGAUGAACAAGCAGCAAGAAUGAAUGUGGCUUUACAACAAUUGUUUACUGAAAACCAUGGAAAUGGAGUUGAUAUUGUUGGGAUCACUAGCCAUUCAGGUAGUAUCAAGACACAAUUACUAGUGUUAGGUCAUCGACCAUUUGCAGUACAAACUGGAGGCAUGAUUCCUGUGUUCGUAAAGGCAGUCAGAAGAAAAGGUGGAUCUGUAAGCAAUGGAAAUGAAAGUAAAUGUAGAGUUGUGUAG